UCGGCUUUGCCUCACAAGGGCGGGAGAAUCGUGGAGGCCACCACCCCGGAGGCGGGGCAAGGACUGGCGAGAAACCAAUCACGGCUCAGGCUCUAGGAAGCCCUGCGCAGCGACGAAUCAGAAUGCAGCGGCGUUGGUCUCAAGUGGCGCGCGUGAAUUUGAACGCCCUGGCAGAGCGCCGGGCUCCCGUGAGGAGAGUUGUGGGGUCGCUGAGGCGCAGAGAGCUCUCAGCGUGGGUCCCCGGCCAGAGUGGACGCCGAGCCAGCGAGAGACCUGAGGAACGCGGGAAUUCAGUUAAAAUGAUGGCAGCUUUUACUCCAAGGAAGAGGAAGCAACCUACUCUGAAUGCUGAUAAUGGCGAUAGCCUAUUAACAGAUAUUUCAUCAAACAAAGUAAACUUUUCUGAAAAUCUGUUUCCGUCACCUAAUAAAAAACAAACUUGUCAAAGCAGUGACCAAAAGGAAGAAAAGUCAUGCUUCUACCAAGGCCAUUUCACUUCAAGUCCUCUCAAAACAACAGAAGAUAAUAGGUUGUCAUUUGCAAACUACAGUUCACUAUUUAAAUCUGCUGUGUCUACUGUAUCUUUCUACAAUAAAAAUAAGCAAUACCUCAAUCCACUUGAGAGGAAGUUGAUAAGAGAAUGUAGAUCUAUUUGUCUAGCAACUAAAAAUGAAGAUAAAUCUUUUUCCAGUGUGACAGAAACAAUGCAGAGAAAACCCAUCUGUACCAAGAAGAAUAAAAAACCACAGAAGAGUUUAACGGCUAAAUAUCAACCAAAUCAUAAGCACAUCAAGUCUCUAUCAAGAAACCCUAAAAACUCCAAGCCAAAUCAAAUAAUCUAUAAGCCAGUUGUGGAUAAAGAGAAUAGUUGUUAUCCAGCGGAAAACCAUCCAAAUACUCCGCCUCGGGUUCUAAGCCAGAAAAUAAAACCACAAGUUACACUCCAGGGUGGAGCAGCAUUUUUUGUUAGAAAAAGAAACUCUAUUAAAAAAUCAUCCCUGGAAGAUAAGCCAUUACCAAUACACUUACAGAAAAAUGGACCAGAGGCAAAGCAAGUGCCAAAGUCCUUGUUAGUGAAAGAGAAAUUGAACAUUGACCUACUGGAUGAAAGAAGUAAAAAUGAGAAACUAAGAAAGAAUUCCUCAGGUGCCGUAGUUUCUACAGAAGAAUGUAAACUUGAUGAACAUAGUUUUCCCUCAGAGAAUGCACUUGGUGAGAACAAGACAAUUUCUCCCGAGUCUGUCGUCUUUCCCAUCUUCAGUGUUUCUUCAGUGAGUACAAAAAGGUCUCCACCUGAAGAGCAGUCUUCCCUGGGAUCCACUGCAUGUACUAACUUCUUGCAACAGACAAUUGUGCAGAAAAAUCUGAAUUCCAGAGAUACAAAUAAAGGAGGAAAAGACCAGCUCAUCAUUGAUGCAGGUCAGAAACAUUUUGGGACGACUAUGUGUAAGUCUUGUGGUAUGAUCUACACUGCUUCCAACCCUGAAGACGAAAUGCAGCACCUCCAGCAUCACCACAGGUUUCUGGAGGGCAUUAAAUAUGUGGGCUGGAAAAGAGAACGGGUAGUAGCAGAGUUUUGGGAUGGGAAGAUUGUGCUGGUCCUGCCACAGGAUCCAAGUUAUGCCAUCAAAAAGGUAGAAGAUGUCCAAGAACUUGUGGAUCUGGAAUUGGGCUUCCAUCAGGUUGUUCCCAUGUGUCCAAACAAAACCAAAACUUUCCUCUUUAUUGAUGAAAAGAGAGUAGUGGGAUGUUUAAUAGCGGAGCCCAUCAAACAGGCCUUUCGUGUCCUGUCGGAACCAAGUGCCACUAAAGAAUGUUCUAGAGCUUGGAGGUGUUCAGAUGUACCAGAACCUGCAAUCUGUGGGAUAAGUAGAAUCUGGGUCUACAGAUUGAAAAGAAGAAAACGCAUUGCAAGACGACUGGUAGACACUGUCAGGAAUUGCUUCAUGUUUGGCUGUUUUCUCAGCACUAAUGAAAUUGCAUUUUCUGACCCAACACCAGAUGGCAAAUUAUUUGCAACCAAGUACUGCAACACCCCUAAUUUCCUUGUAUAUAAUUUUCAUAGCUAAAGCCAUUUGCAGCCACAAAACUGGUAUUGUAUGGAGAAGUUCAGCUAGAUAACUAAUUAGUAUCAGAAUGAAAAUUAUAAGACUUGUACACACGUGCAUACCAAUUUUAUUUCUUAUAUGUUAGAGAGAUAAUUUGUUUUGGUUUGAAAUUCAGAGAAAAAAAGAUCUUUGGAUACACUGAGUUCUUAAUUUUGAAAACUUUACAGCAAGUUGGCUUCUGCAGAAACUUGGCCACUUUAUAAAGGAACACAUGAACACACUUAGACCAUGAUUGUCUCAUGCUUCAUCAGUAGAAGCAAAUCUCAACACAGACAAUAAGAUCAUUUCAGAAUUCCUUAUGUAGCGUUCUCACUUUAUAAGCAUACUGUAGCAGCUAAGUUGGAAAUACUUAGAAAGUAUUUCAAAUUUCCUAUGUGUAAUAAGAUACCAGAUGUGUAAUAAGAUAUCAUUCUCUCAUAUCCAUUUAUAUGAAAUAAUUCUCUUAGUAUUUUAAUCCCUUAGGAUAUUAAUAAAAGCACACAUCAUAAAAUUUAAUUAAAACUGUAUUUGGCA